CAAGGAUUGUAAAGAAAAUUUGAUCGUAUCGGAUGAACAUUACCCCAUUUCAACUAGCGUUCUGAUUGUCUCCAGUCACACGUUCCCACCAAGUUUAUCUUCAUUUCUUAGAUGGCAAAUACUGUUUGCACUGCAGAGACUUUUCAAUCGAGUCUUUGCAAAAAACACAACUUUCUCUUUCCGCUUGCAAGUUCCGUGAUUUGAAGUAUCAAAUAAUGGAAUAUCCUUGGUCUCCGUACGGUUCACCAGAACGUUUCAACCAAGGACAAGCUUUGUAUCCGAACGCUGUCGCCAUACCCGAUGGCGAUUCCCCGUCAACCACUUGGUUACCUAUCUACAACCAACGAAGUCCAUACGAUGAAAAUGAGAUCGUAGAUCUCAUUAAUGAAAUCGUCCGUGACUUCGUUCGGCUAUCAUCAGUCUCAGAGAGCGAAGUAAUUUGGCCCCCAGAAGGUGGUCACAAUCUUGAUGAGUCGCUCUGCAACUCACUCAAUAUCGAUAUCUCUGAAACCGCCAAAUCAUUGAUACGUCGUUUACCAGACCCUGCGACAACACAGCCUGAGACAAUACUCCUCUACGGAUCCAGUUCUUUAUUUACUAUUACCAACAGUUAUGACUUAAGUGGUAGCCGCGAAGCCCCACCAUGUUCGGAUCCAAACCUACAGUAUUUACUGCCUCAUGAAGUGCAAUUAGCUAUUGGAGAGACUCAAUCUACUGCUAUUAUCUUGGAUACAAACGAGAGUGAGUCUUUCUCCACCAUCUCACGCAAAUCACUCGUGUUUCUAACAGCUGUGAUAUAGAUACAAUACGUGUGGUGUCACUUACUGAAGGUGCUGAUGAGGUGAACCCACCUUGGGUUUCGUUAGAAAGACCCGAAGAUACUUUCUACUAUCGAAACUACUGGCCGCGACAUGCUCCCACCUGGCUUCGUGUACAGUCAAACAAAAUCAAGUGUUUAGACACAAUACCCCCAGGAAUACAUGGAUAUACGCUUAGUUAUCUGGAUUACGGAGAGGAAUGGAUGGUAAGCCGCACUUCCUUGGUCUUCAACUUGCUUUUAAGAUUGUACAAUAGCUAGUAGUAGAGAGCUAGCUAACUACAUGUGUAGCGACGCAAAAUUAAACAUUCUCUUGAAGGAACAUAUGGCUGGCCCAGCGACUUUCAGCAAUCGGCAUGGGAUCAGGACCGUGAGCGUGUUUGGAAAGAGGCUGAUAAGGAAUAUGUGAAAUUGAGUCGCCCAAGUGUUCUACGGUUCGUGUGAUCAAAGUUUAUGGAUCAAAUUUCAACAUUAUUGAUUUCAUCCCUUGUACUUUAGCUUCCGUAAACUUCGUUAAUUAAUCAUUCCUCAGCGUAGAGUCUCC